UGAAAAAGGGGGCAGUCCACUCAGCUGCUACCUCACACAGACAGACCCAGCAGACUACAGGUGAGCUACAGUGAGUGGACCAGCAGACGCCUCACAGAAAGGAAUACUGCUGCCGUGGAGCUACUGCAGACUCAUCACCUGCAGGCCAUCCAAUUUAUCUUCACAGGGUGACCCUGGACAGGACAUGGUUUCAUGGAGGGAUUAGAUAAAGUUGCCUUUUAGCACCUUGGCAAGAUUCUCUUCAAUUAGACUUAGUUAGAAGCCAAAACAGGCUUCACCAAACUAAAACAUUUGCAAACUGGGAGAAAAAUACAAAUAAAGUGAAGAGAUGACAAAAAGCGUUUCCAACCGCAAUGUAUAACUCAAUUCAAGAUGAUGGCUUCCUUUAUUGCUCUUCAGCAUUAAUCCAAACUAUCAGUGAAUACACACUUGCCCUAUCACCUAGCGGGGAAAAAACGAUUAGUCUGCUGUAAACACUGUUUGGCUGCAAUAUAUAAAAAGUAACACAAGAUCCCUAUAUAAGUGAACUGUUUCAAUGCAAAGCCAUCUUUGGAAUGACCUUUGCAGAGUGAAAUGUUAUUCCUCACAUGAACCAAACAGCAGGAAACCGCCAUAUGGAGAGCUCCCUUUUCAUGUCACACUGGAGUUAUGAUCGCCAAGAUAAAGAGCAGAUCUUUUCGCUGAAAGAAAAAUAAUCUGGGUGCUAGAGAUUUGGAUGCGGACAGAGAGAAUGCUUUGGUGACCGAAAUAGCAGCGGAGAAAGAGCAACGUCUGGGAAAACAAAAAGGAGUAUUAGAGAAGGCUGGGCUGUUUCUCAGCUUUCGAUGCCAAAAUUGCGCAUUUCUUUUCUGUGGCAGUUGUCCAGUGGAAGUCAUUUGGGAAACGUUGCCUAGGCCCUAGAGGGAGGUCCAGUUAGAAAAUUAUACUUGAUGAAAACAAAAGCCAGAGGACGCUUCAUUUUGACAUUUUUUUCAGUUGACUACAUGAAAACACUUAGGAUUUGUAUGGAAAAUAGAGCCAUGGCCGUUAGAAGGCAAUUGAAGAACUGAGCUACUUUCCUUGACAUGUUUUUGUCUUUUUCUCCCUGUAUACUAGUGAGAACUAAAACUAAAUUACUGUAUUAUUUUAUUUUUUAAUCAAGAGGGAGCUUGGAUCCAAUUGGGAUGAAACACAUUGAGGACUACUGCUUGGCUGCAGAAGAGUGAAUUUAACUUGGAGUAACGAUGGAGAAGGGACACAUGUCUUUGCGUAGAGGAGUGAGCUGGAGUCCAGGAGGAUUGACAAAACCUAUCGAGGCAGCACAAGCCACCCCUGUGGAAGAGUGCAACACAACACAUGAAACCACCAGACUAAACACGGAACAGAUGACCAGCAAAACAAAUCUGACCAGGAGUGUCAGCUUAUCUGAGAAGGAGCUAAAGGAGGCCCGCCUGAGAAGUCACAUCAUUGCUGCUCAGCUUACUGUCCCUUCCAACUCCAGCUCCAGAGGCGUUCAACUCUUCAACCGGCGCAAGCAGAGAGUCAGCGCCUUUACACUGGAAAGCAGUGGAGGGCAGUCAAAGGAAGACGUAACCGGCAAUGUGAAACCCAACCUUUCAUGUAGCAAACUAACAUGGGCAGACAGAAGUCGUGAGGAAAAGGAAAGCGACUUGAACGACAAGAAUUGCACUACUAGCCCACUAUUUGUGCCUCCUGGGCGAAUACAAGUAACAGGUGAUAACAUGGAGGAACAAGGUGACCUUUAUGGCAAAGAAGAUGUCACUGAGCACAGUGUUAUCCAAGAAAGACAUUUCCUACCUGUAAAGGAAAUAGAUGAGCAAGAGGAGGAUAGGGAUACAGUGCACAAGGAACUUGAAUGCAAACUCAAGGAUGAGCUUCCACCUGAAAGAGAAAACACUAAUCCAAUUGUGAUGAGUCUUAUCGAGAGUGAGACAGCGGUAAAUGAAGGUCAAAUGGUACCACCUCCCCUUGGAAAGCUUCUUAACGGGUGCCAUGGGUCUCUGAUGAUCGCUGUGUCUACAUCGAAGCAGACCACCAUCAUCAAUCGAACUGCCAGGCCUUUUUUCUCGCCACUGACAGUGCAGUCUCAAGAGGAAAACAGUCCUGUCAUGGACAACCUCCCAACACGUUCUGCAUUUACUGCUCCCCAGCCAGUGGCAUUAUCAACUCCGCCUCCUCCAACAUAUCCCACACCUCCCCUACCAGCGUUCACAAACAAGCCUCCAAAGACCGAUUACUUCAGUCCAACUGCUACAUCUCCCACUUUCCCACCACCACCCCCUACCUUUACUGUAUCUCUCAAUGCUGCCUCACCCCUACCCCAGUAUGGACCCCCAACAACCCCAAAGCCUUCUACCUUCUUUCCUCAGCCUUUUGUGGAAAGGAAGUCGACACCACCAAUAAAAACCGCAUUACUUGAGGACAAUGCUGCCAAACAACCAAAUAAAAAGUCGAUGUUCACGUUCAAAGAGAAAAAGGUUGUAGCUCCAAACCCUGAGCUGCUUUCUCUAGUGCAAGGGGUGGAUGAAAAGAAGAAACAUAGGCAUAGAUCUGUGCCUGAGCCCACAUCUGAGGAGGAGUUACUAGCUCUGGGUGCAGAGGCAUCCAACUUCCUUGCCAAAGAGGAAGACAGGGCUGAAGAAGCCAAAGCCCCAGAAUGGGCCUCCUGUCUUAAGAGCUCCAGAACCUAUACAAGGGUGGAACAUAAGCCAGAACAGACCCUCAAUGAUGCAUCAGGAAAGGGCGCAGAGCUUUUUGCCAAGCGCAGGUCCAGAAUGGAGAAAUAUGUAGUUGAGAAUCAGAAUGCAGGUCACCACAUAAGAGCUCCUUCUCCAACAAUGUCUUUGCCACCAUCUUGGGUUUACCCAUCAAAUAUGCCAGGUAGGGUCAAAGCUAUUGCUAAAAACUCUGACAUGUGUGCUCAACUUGCACAAAACAUGAAAGCCCAACAAACUGCCAAGCCAAAACCAAGACAAACAGCACCAGCAACACAAGUUCAAGAGACACCUGCUCUUGAGAAUGGUUGCUCCAAAAUAGAGAUGGACCUGUCAAGACACCGCCCUUACCAGCUUAACUCAUCCCUCUUUAUACUUAAACCAGUAAAGGACCCAUUGAGUACCCUACCCAAAGGAGCGCCACAGUCCAAGAACCAGAUGCUCCCUCAGGACCCUCAGUCUUUUUCUAGACAGAUUUCCUUACCUAAUAACAGUACGUCUCUCUUGCGCACCCAAUGUCAAUCUCCUCAGCUUCCUCUCAGCUCCAUUACAAGACUAGAGUAUCCAUCAAGUCCAGCUCUUGGUCAGCCAUCAACUACUCUUACUCCAGCCUGUGUGUCAUCUCCUCGGCUGGGGAUUCAGGCACCAAGGCCAAGAUUUUCUGCAAAGCAAGCUGGGAUUGAAGCACAGAAACCAGAGGAGUCCUCCGCAAUUGAACCCUCCAGUGAGACUCAGCUGGGCCUUACAAGGAAGUUCAGCAGCCCCGACUGUCUUGCAAGUACAAAGUGGACGUCGGGUCUUCAAACUAAGUACCCUUCCGCAAACAUCUCCAGCAGAUCAGUCACAUCACCGGUUUGUUUUUCAAGUGUUACAAGAUGCCAAUCUCCUAUGGGCAACCAAAAUAUCCAGCUUUCCGCAGUUUCCGCAGAUUCCAUAACCAGGCCACCCCAGACCUCUACGUCUACAUCCCAAUCCGCCCCCCCUUGGGGUUCAAGAUCCCACUCCCCGCUGGUAUCGCAGAAUAUCCAAUCAUCUACAAAUUCGUCUGGUCAUGAUUUCAGAUCCCAAACCUCCAAUUCCUCUCGUUCGCUACCAUGGGGUUCAAGAUGCCAAUCCCCGGUAGUCAACCUGCAAUCUUCAAAUGCUUCACACAUUACAUCUAAAGUGUCCACAAACUCUUCCCCACUCUCUCCACCUUGGGGAUCAAGAUGCCAGUCUCCCAUGGUGAGCAUGAGUACUGAGAAUUCUAGCCUCUCCCCGCUUUCUUCUUCCAGACGUUUUCAAGCAUCCACAACUGCACCUCACCGUUCUCCUCCUUGGAGUCCAAGGUGUCAGUCACCGAUGGUAAUCCAGACUAUGCAUCCUUCCACUAGUUCUUCUUCCAAACUUUGCAAAACACCAACAAUCACUUCUCCUGUCACACCAAUUUGGGGCUCACGUUCCCAGUCUCCUGCACUCUCACAUUCUAGUUUAUCUUUCCCCUCUGCUAGCCGUCUGUCCAUAUCCUCUGCCUCUUCUUCUGUUCCCUUACCCAAGGACAAUCGCUGCAUGUCCCCAAUCAAUAAUAAUUUUGACUCAAAGGCCAACCAUCGAAUGCUGGCAAAGAACAUCAUCAAUGCAGCCAAACGUAAAAACAGCCCCUCUCCAGGUGCAUUGAGCGGUCACAGCUUACCUAUCUCACCAGUGGGAUAUUCCCCCUAUGGCUAUGACUGCAAAUCAUUCCAGUCACAACCCCUGGGGGGCCUGUCGCCUCCCUUCACCAGUCCUUCUCAAACCCCAACAGAGCGGAUCUGCUCUCCCGUAAGGCUCUACAACACACGCUCCCUGACUGACUCUGAUGCGUCCAUUGAGUCCGAGGACUCAGGCCUGAGGUCACCCGGCAUGCAUUCUUACAACACAUGUCCCCGUGGUUGGGGUGGCAGUUUGAGGGUGAAGAAAAGCACAAUUUCUACUGACCUGUGAGGUUGCAGAGAUCUUGAUGCAUCAAAAAUUUUGAUUCAUAAUGCAAUUAGUAUCUUUUGUGAUUUAUGGUCUUACAAUGACAAGAACAAGCUUUUUACAUGAACAAUUGUGGUAGCUUGUACGCUUCCGGCAUAUUAAAAGGGGACAUUAACCAAAGAUAUUUGACUUCACUUUGAAUGAAUGUUAUAUGUUACAGUCUCACAACACACAUACAUUGGCUUUCCUUGCUCAUUAGCAAUGAUUAUUGCUUUUUGAAUUUUAUAAUCAUGGUUUACUGAUCAAAAUGCCUACUUUUAAAGCAUUAUUACUUUUUUUAUGACCACAUAAAUUAUGAAUGCUCUAAAUACUCUGCAACACAAUGGUAAACUUUUAUCACACUAUCACACAUGGCUGCAGUUUAUGUCACAGAUUACUAUUUUAAUUCAUGGCAAAUUACAAUACAUAGUGCAAUACUCAGUUUAACAUAGUGUAUAUAAGUUGCUUUAGACUUUAUAUUGCAUAUGUCGAAGUGAAUGUAAACUUUACAGAGACAGAAAAGGAAGUUUGAGUUCGGGGGUAUGUAAUGUGGCAUUGUUACACCCUUUUAAUCAAAUGUUUUAUAUGAUUCCGCAUGUGUUUAAAUGCUGUUGCAAGUUAAAGGUUGUGUAAUUUUAGGGAUAGCCAUUUAACCAAACUUCCUUGAACAACUAUUGGAAUAUUAAUGAUCAAUUAAUUGUUAUUUUAUUAAUAUUUUUAAUGGGGUGAGAGAACCUCUCUGAAUGUUCUGGACCCCUGUUUCUGUGCCAUUGUCAUAUUGAGCAGAUAAAUGGUUCCUGAAGGAUUUACCAUAGCAGAGGUCUGCAUGAAUGUAGCUCAGCGUCUUAUAACUGAUGUAAUGUUGACUCCUUCACCAGCACCUCUGCUGGUUUCAGCGAAGCAGUGCACUCCAUUUUGCAUCAAAUGCUUUAAGACCCGAUCCACCAGAAAAUUGCUGUUGACAACAUUAAAUUAUAAAUAUAGUACUUAAAGAUCAGUUCAUCGAUUACAAUCCCCAUCUUUAAUAUUUAUGUUGCUAAAUACCAAUCUUUUGUUCAUCUGAUCACAUUGCUAACAAACCUUUCAGUGGAACACAUUUUGCAAUGUUACAUAUUCAUCUAUGUAUUUGUGAAAAAGGAUUAUUAAGAUGUAUUUUGAAUACAGUGUGUUCCCUUUUUCUAUUCUGAGAGAUGUUUAUUUUUUUUUUACAGGGAACUUGAUCUGUUUGUACAAUUCAUUUCAUUCCACUACAAAAUGAACCAAUUGCAGUCUUGAUUGUCUCAAAGCGCUGUUUUGUACAAUCCAGUUAAUUGACAAAAUGGAUGUAAUUGGUUGUGGUCUUCAAAUCACCACCUGCUUUGAGCGUGAAUCCUGGAAGCAAUUUUUACACCAUUCCUGACUUCAUAGACUUGAGUCUUUUGAGAGGCAUGCGCACCUGCUUCGUGUUGGCCUUCAGCACGAUUAAUACAUCACUGUCAAUACAGUGGUUUCAGCAGGACUCUGGACGGGCCAACCACUGCUGACACCAUUAAUUUGGACUUCUGCAAGCAUUUUUUUUUCAGGGCUUUGUGAUUAUGCAAAUGCAAUUUUACACAACUAAAAUUCCAUAACUGCAUGAUGUCUGGAAAUCAAUUAAUAAUAAAGUGGUGACACACAACUAAA